AUGGAUUUCAACACACACACGAAUCCAUAUCAAUCCUUCUUCGUCUCCUUCUCUCUGGAAACUUAUACUCUCACGCUCAAUCACUUCUCCUUCAAGUAAUCUCCGGAAAAAUCCAAUCCCAAUUCUUCACAUCUUCCUCUCUGCUACACUAUUUGACAGAAUCAGAAACGUCAAAAACCAAGUCUCGUCUCUACGAGGUAAUCAUCAAUGCCUAUGUUCAAUCUCAAUCCCUAGAUUCCUCAAUCUCUUACUUCAACGAAAUGGUCGAUAAGGGUUUUGUUCCUGGAUCGAAUUGCUUCAACAAUCUCUUAACUUUCGUUGUUGGGUCUUCUUCUUUCAAUCAAUGGUGGUGUUUCUUCAACGAGAACAAAAGCAAAGUUGAUUUAGAUGUAUAUAGCUUUGGGAUUGUGAUCAAAGGUUGUUGUGAAGCUGGUGAGAUUGAGAAAAGUUUUGAUCUUCUUGUUGAAUUAAGAGAGUUUGGGUUUUCUCUAAACGUUGUUAUCUACACUACUUUGAUUGAUGGGUGUUGCAAGAAAGGAGAGAUUGAGAAGGCGAAAGAUUUGUUUUUUGAGAUGGGGAAGUUCGGAUUAGUGGCUAAUGAAUGGACUUACACGGUUUUGAUUCAUGGGUUAUUCAAAAAUGGGAUUAAGAAACAAGGGUUUGAGAUGUACGAGAAGAUGCAGGAAGAUGGUGCGUUGAGUUUAUGCAGAGAUUUGAAGUCAAGAGGUCUGUCUCCGUCUCUUGUCACGUAUAAUAUUCUAGUUUCCGGGUUCUGUAAGAAAGGGGAUACUUCAGGAGCAGGUAAGGUGGUUAAGGAGAUGGAAGAGAGAGGGAUUAAACCGUCGAAAGUAACAUACACGAUACUUAUCGACACAUUUGCUAGUAUGGAUAACAUGGAGAAAGCAAUUCAGCUUCGAUCAUCAAUGGAGGAACUCGGUUUAACCCCGGAUGUUCAUACCUAUAGUGUAUUGAUUCAUGGGUUUUGCAUCAAAGGUCAAAUGAAUGAAGCAUCGAGGCUUUUUAAGUUGAUGGUCGCAAAGAAGUUAGAACCGAACAAAGUGAUAUACAAUACAAUGGUUCUCGGGUACUGCAAGGAAGGUAGUUCUUAUAGAGCAUUGAGGUUGUUCAGGGAGAUGGAAGAGAAAGAGUUGCCUCCAAAUGUUGCUAGCUAUAGAUAUAUGAUUGAAGUUCUUUGUAAAGAACGAAAAUCGAAAGAAGCUGAGCGUUUGGUUGAGAAGAUGAUUGAUUCAGGGAUUGAUCCAUCUGAUUCAAUCCUUAAUUUGAUCUCUAGAGCCAAAAAUGAUUCACAUGUAAGCUCAAAUAAUGAUUAGAGCAGUUUGAAUCUGAAUGUAGCAAAUAACUUAUCAUUAGUCUA